AUGGGAGCAAAACUCAAGAUCGCGUACGCAGGCUGCAGAUCCGAGAGAGUCGCACGUCAUUUUGAGGACAACUCGGCUUCGGGUGUCGUCUACAAGUCCGCCAAGGACGCGUGCAUUGCCCUCAAGAACGAAGAGGUCGACCUCGCCGUGGUGCCCAUCGAGACGUCCGCGCUCGGCAGCAUCCACACCAACUACGAUCUGCUGCUCAAGUACGAUCUGCAUGUGGUUGGCGAGUACGAUCUGCCGAAGGUGGGGUUCACUUCGGUGCAAGCGGUCGACAUCGCCCCUUACACACGGUUCCUGCUGCUUUCCAAGACAGAGGACUUGGCGUGGAAUGCGAAGACCGACAUCGGCGACUAUAAGACGUCCAUGGUGUUCGGUUUCAAGAACAACUCGGCCAAGGGCUUGCUGAACCGUGCACUUGAGGCCUUCACACAGUUCGACCUGGAACUGAUUAAAAUCGACAGUCGUCCAUGGAACGGCCAACCUCUGCAACAGUAUGGAGGCGAGGCAGUCGUGGACUCGUGCAAAUACAAGUACCUCUUCUACGUCGAUUUCCAAGGUCAUCUCACGGGCGCAAACAUGGCCGCUGCAAUUUGGCGAAUGAGGGAAGUCUGCUCAUUCGUGCGUAUCCUGGGGUCCUACGUUAUGUCGCGGGGUGAGAAGGCCAUAAAGGUGGAAAAUCUGUCGCUAGAGAGCAGCCGCUUCGAGACCGACACCAUCUCCACCAUGGACAGCAAGUACCCGUUGAACCCCGUGUUCCAGAAGGUGACGGUUGCCAAAACCAUGCUGAUCCACGGUCAGACCAAGCAAAUGGAGGCCGAAGGCAAGAAGGUGUGGUCGCUAUGCGUGGGCGAGCCCGACUGCAAUCCGCAUGACCACGUGUUGGCUGCAGGUGCCAAGGCCAUGAUCGAGGGCAACGUAAAAUACUCACACAUGAAAGGUAUCGCAGAGCUACGCGGUCUCAUCUCGAUGUACCUGGAGAAGGCCAAAGGUCUGAAGUAUGAUCCAGCCACGCAAGUGUUGGUAUCGAACGGCGCGCAACAGUCGGUGUUUCAGGCUCUGUAUACCGUUUGCCAGCCUGGUCAAAAGGUGAUCAUUCCGACACCGUACUGGCUCAACUACCCGGAGAUCGUCAAGCUCGUGUACGCAGAACCCAUUCCCUUACGCACGCUGCUCGAGGAUAACUAUCUGAUCAACCCGGCGACGCUGGAAAAGACGCUGAUGGCACACCCAGACGCCAAGGUCAUCAUCCUAUGCAACCCAAGCAACCCGUCGGGCACGCUGCACAGCCCGCAGCACCUGGAGAGAAUCGCGGCUGUAUUGCGCAAGCCACAGUUCCGUCAUAUCGUCGUGGUGUCUGACGAGAUCUACGAGCAGUUGUUGUACCAAGACGAAGGCGUGCCGGAACGCAAGCACAUGAGCUUUGCCGCUCUGCCGGGGAUGUACGAGCGAACACUGUUGGUGAACGGAUUCUCCAAGGCACAUGCUAUGACCGGCUUACGUGUCGGCUACCUCGCGGCACCCAAGCAUUUCAUCGAUCCUUGUACACUGUUGCAGGCUCAGCUGACGUCGUGUCCAAAUACCGUGGGCCAGGUGGCUGCUGUGGAGGCACUGACAAUGGAGCUGGAGUGUAUGGAGAAGGGUGAACGGCGUAUUGCACCGGUAAUGAAGAACCUGAAUCUGAAACGCCACUACAUCGUCAAGCGACUGACUGCCAUGCCGAACGUGCGCUUCGCGUACCCGACAUCAGCGUUCUAUGUAUUUGUGGACUUGUCGUCUUACUUCGAAGGCAAGAAGGUGGUCACUGCAAACAAGCGUGUGUCGCUUGCGAGCGUCGAUGACUUCUGUGCGCAUUUGUUGCAUCAUUCGCAUAUUGCUGUGGUGCCUGGCUCGGAGUUCGGCGACGAGUUCGGCAUGCGUAUUUCAUACGCGAGCUCGAUGGAAGCAAUCAGACAUGCGAUGGACGGUAUGGAGAACUUGCUCAAGUCUUUGACUUUCGUGAGCAUUGAAAACCCGCUAAUGCCGUGA